UCUCAUGUCCUCAGGUGAAGGAGAUGGUAAUAAAAAAAAUCAGUUUUUUAUAUUGACUGAAUCCUACAUUUCUUAUCUUCCCACCUCUUUUCCUCCCUUCCUCUGUUAGCCACUCUCUUCCACUCAGAUCUCUUCGUCUCAGCACAUUCCUCAUAAAUCUCAUCCCCUUCAUAUCAUCUUCCCCAUCUUCCAAAUCAUCAAAUUCUUCCACUCUUAAGAUCCUCUUUCUCCAAUGGCUCCAGAAACUCCAUUAGAGUCCUCAGAGUCCAGCUUUCCUGUACUGACUGUCUCCAUUAUAGGAAUUCUUGCUACUUCCAUUAUCCUCCUUAGCUACUAUCUCUUUGUAACAAAGUGCUGCUUGAAUUUGCAGCACUUCAGAAUCAUCUCCUCCAUCUCUAGCUCCCAUCUUCGCCGCCGCGGCCGUGAGGACAUCUUGGCUUCUCACUCCUCAAUCCUCGACGUCAAUGGGCUCCAAGAGUGCGAAAUUCAGUCGAUACCGAACUUUCGAUAUAAAAGAAGUAGAUUUCAGUGCUCCUUUUAUGAAUGUUCAGUCUGUCUGAAUGAGUUCCGAGAAGAAGAAAGGAUAAGAAUGCUUCCCAAUUGCUUUCAUGUGUUCCACAUAGACUGCAUUGAUACAUGGCUUCAGACGCAUAAGAACUGCCCCAUUUGCAGGUCAGAAAUCAAAACCACAUCUCCGACGCUCACAAAUGAGAUCAAAAAGGGAACUUUUAGUCAGAAUUCUGCUGAAGGUGAGAACUUGGCUGCAGAGGCGAGGAGAAGAGAGCUGAGGUUUGAGGCGAGGGAUGAGAGGAAGAGGACGACUCACGUGUCGAGUAUGGGAGAUGAAUGUAUUGACAUGAGAGGAGAAAGGGGGGAGUUUGGAGUUCAGCCGAUGAGAAGAUCUUUCUCCUUGGAUUCUUCCAAGGAUAGGCUGCUCUGUAUUGCGGUUCAGGAGAUUCUGCAAAAUGGCAGAGAUUUGCAAGAUUUGAGAAAUGGUGAGGGAAGCAGCAAUGGCAGUUCUGGUAAGGUUAGAAGAUCUUUCUUUCCAUUCAGCCAUUCCAGAAGCUCUAAGAGCGCAGUACUUCCUGUCCAGAAUUAGUUUGUUUUUUUCA